AAGUUCCUCAGCAACCAAAAUGGGCCCGAAGGCGACAACAACGUGGCUCUGCAUCGCGGCGGCAAUGGCACUACUCGCUUACUUGGUGGACCCGUCGGCAACCCGCGAAUGGCUACUAUCGUCGACACUGCCCCACAAGCCCGUCACCGUCUACGCGAACGGCAAGUCCAUAAACGGCGUCGCAGUGGCGCUCACACCGGCGCUCGUCCCGUCGGGCGACGCGCUCGCAGCAUAUCUCUCGACACUUGUCGAGGUCGAAGGCCUCGCCAACCAUGCGACACCAGUGGUGGCCGACCGCGUGUACACGGGCAAUGGCUACCUCGUUACCUCGUACGACGACAUUGCCGCCGAGGACCGUCUCUACCUCGUGGCGCCAGGACUGCUCUUUGUAUGGCCGUUUGUAAAACCCGGCCACCGCGUGUACAUCGAGUCGACGCAGAGCCCGACGGACGCGCCGCUGAUCCUCGAAUCGUGGACUGAGUCUCCGCGCGUCUUUCACGUGCACCAUUUUUUCUCCGAAGCCGACGCCGACGUUCUCAUUCAGCAGGUGCUCGCCAAAGAUGACGCGGACGAUGUGGCCGAGCACGAAAAGCUGCGACCAUCGACAGUUGGCUCGUCGGCCGAAGGCGUGCGCCGGUCAACGCGCCGGACGAGCGAGAACGCGUUCGACUCGACGUCUCCGGCGGCGAUCGCCUUUCGGAAGCGGUCGUUCGACUUGCUGCGUGCCGGGAAAUACGACCCCGAGAUGUGCGACGGCGUCCAGAUCCUACGCUAUGGCCCCAAGCAGGCGUACGUGCCGCACACCGACUACUUUUCCAAGGCGCCCAACGACGCGUGGAACCCGAAUCCGCACUCAGGGGGGACCAACCGAUUUGCGACCAUCUUUCUCUACCUCUCCAACGUCACGCGGGGCGGCCAGACCGUCUUUCCCAACGCAGAGAUGCCCGAGGGUUUUGCCCAUCCACAAGCGGAGACGCACGGAAUUGAAACCCUCGCGUCGUCGCUUUUCGAGGCUGGGUCCUGGGAGCACGACAUGACGCUCAAGUGCCACUCGCAACUGGCUUCGUACCCCCGAAAGGCCCAUGCAAUCCUCUUCUACAGCCAAAAACCCAACGGCGAGCUUGACCCGGCUUCGUUCCACGGAGGGUGCCCCGUCCUUGACGGCACCAAGGGCGCCAACCUCUGGGUCUGGAACAAGAAGCGACACGUGGCGCCGCGCCCGCGCAUUUCGGUUCGGUUCGAAAACCCCACGGACGCGCCAGUCGACUUGUACUGGCGGUCCAAGCUCAUGAAGACGCUGGGUCCGCGCCAACACCAUGUCUACAACACGCAUGCCACGCAUGUCUGGACGAUCAAGGACAGCGUCACGGGCGCCGUCUUGCUCGAGACCGUCAUUGACGACGCGGCCGACCAAGUUGUCGCUCUCUAAGAAGUUUGACACGCUUGCGUUUUGUCCGCUUGGUCUUGUUGAACCUUUGCAGAGAUAAUGGGUAAGUGACCGCGGUGAGAUUCAACGACCAUACGGGUGGGGCGCCUUGAGGUGCCUUGGUGACGACGAGGACGAGGUGCUAUCCUACUUGCUGUAUGAUCGCCCUAAUUACAUGCUAAACAUAUCCAGGCCGG